GGCCCUUGAGGAUUCAUAGAAACGACGUCGUGCUCCGAUCGUAAGAUUGAACGACUAUGGCCUCCGUCUUCUGCACUGCAAAGGUAGUGAAAAUUAGGGUUUAGCAAAGUAACGAACACAGCGACUGCAUGUAUCCAACUCGAAUACCGAUUUUGAAGGCAGUUGAAGGAUGGCACUUCGAUCAAUCUUCGAUGCUGCUGAGGUUCGAGCCGAAUUUCAAAACGCCGGAAUCAAUUCCCAAUUCAUCCCUCUUAUUUGGAAGUACGUAAUUCAGAAUCCAAACAGUGAAUGGGAUGAUGUUCCUUCGUUGCCCUCGUCGGCUUACCCUCUUCUUAGAUCAAAGUUCAAACCUUCAACUUCCACACUCCACUCUGUCUUCGAGUCCAUCGACGAGGUUACUACCAAGCUCCUCAUUAAGUUACAGAAUGGAGCAUUUGUAGAAGCUGUAAUAAUGAGGUAUGACACACGUUUGGGAAAGUAUGGUGGACAACCUCGACCCGGUGGUCCAAGGGCUACCUUGUGCAUAUCCUCUCAGGUUGGUUGCAAAAUGGGUUGCAAAUUCUGUGCGACUGGAAGCAUGGGAUUUAAAAACAAUCUAUCUUCAGGAGAAAUUGUGGAGCAAUUGGUGCAUGCCUCUUGCUUGGCACAGAUACGCAAUGUUGUCUUCAUGGGAAUGGGGGAGCCAUUGAAUAACUAUAUUGCCUUGGUAGAGGCUGUCCGUGUUAUGACAGGACCUCCAUUUCAGCUGUCUCCAAAGAGAGUUACUGUGUCAACAGUUGGUAUUACACAUGCCAUCAAGAAGUUCCACGGUGAUAUACCAAACGUGAACCUAGCAGUGUCGCUUCAUGCACCAGUUCAAGAUAUCCGUUGUCAGAUAAUGCCUGCUGCUCGGGCUUUUCCUUUGGAAAAACUUAUGGAUGCUCUACGAGAAUAUCAGAAGAACAGUCAGCAAAAAAUAUUUAUCGAGUACAUUUUGCUUGAUGGCGUGAAUGAUGAAGAGCAGCAUGCCCACCUGCUUGGCCAAUUGUUGGAGACAUUCGAAGUGGUUGUCAACCUGAUACCGUUUAAUCCAAUUGGUACUCUGAGUCAUUUCAGAACCAGCAGUGAACAAAAGGUUAUUAAAUUCCAGAAAAUACUAAGGGGAACCUAUAGCAUACGGACAACGAUUCGUAAGCAAAUGGGUCAAGAUAUAAGUGGCGCAUGCGGUCAGCUUGUGGUUAACAUACCUGAUAAGAGGUCUAAUGGGAGUGCAGGUGUCUUAGCUGAUAUUGAAGAUCUUAGUCUAUGACAACAGCCAAAUUUCCAGAUCAAGAUGCUCAGUUGGGUGUUUGCAGCGAUUUUUGUUUGGAAACGCAAAAUUGUUUAUACGUACUUGCAGGGAAUUUAUCCCCUUGGACCGACGAGAAGUGGGUUUUAUCUUGGCUUAAUGAUGGAUCUGCUCCUUCAACAUCUGCAGUUUUGUAAAUUAGCUGGAUGAAUUCUCAGCCUUCUCGUCCUUGCAAUGUCAAUGGCACAGGAACUACGUUAUUGGUGAAUGGAAUUGGCAGCCGAAUGGUGGUUAUUCCGUUAUUAUGGCGGUUACAACUGAGACUUUGUAAAUUAAUAACUCUCUCUCAUUCUAAAAUGCUCUUUCUUCAUUAUGAUUAUAGUUUGUCUUUUCAUCUGUUUCACUGUAAACUUGAAGACAGAACUGCUGGUUUAUGUAAAAGAUAUUACCAAGCGUUCUUUUUAUCUGUUAA